AUGGCGAAUGCGCUUAUCCUUCGGACAAAUUUAAAUGAGGGUAUACCUGGCCCAGAACAUUUCGAAAUGCGGCAGUUCCCACGACCUCAGUUAGGCGAUGGCCUUUUGGUGCAGCUCUUUGUCGUCAGCGCUGACCCCUACAUGCGGUAUCGAAUCCGAUCCGAUGGGGAUUUCAAGGCCAAUACGCCCAUGUUAGGCUUGGUUGCAGGCAAGGUCCUGGAAUCCAAUGUUCCUGAUUGGAAGCCCGGUGAUCUAUUUGGUGCUGAAUUACCGUACGUCGACAUACAGGCAGUGCCGGCUGCAAAACUUGCCAUGUUCCGGAGAUUGACCGGCUUGGUCAACGAGGACAACAUCAGCCUGGGCAUCGGGGCCUUGGGAAUGCCAGGGUCGACGGCAUACGGUGGUCUUACAGAUAUCUUGCGCCCUAAGCGCGGUGAAGUUCUUUGGGUCAGCGGCGCCGCAGGAGCUGUUGGGUCGAUGGUCGGCAUGAUAGCGAAGCAUGUGUUUGGCUGCACAGUCAUCGGCUCGGCCGGAGGGCCUGACAAGUGCAAACUUGUUAUGGAGCGGUUUGGCUUCGACCACUGCAUUGAUUACAAGGUUUGCAAGUCAACGCGGGACCUCAUCAUCGCAUUGAGCAAGGUCGCCCCUUCCGGCAUCGACAUGUACUUCGAAAAUGUUGGUGGCAUGCACUUUGAGGCUGCCAUGAAAUGCUUGCGACCUAACGGCCGUGUGGCGGUCUGUGGGGUGAUUUCAGAUUAUAACAACCCCAAGAUGUCGCCCAACAAGAUCUACAUUUCCAACAUGAUUUACACCGCGCAGCGGAUCGAGGGCUUUCAUUGUUUCCCGUGGCUGUUUGGGCAGCGGGGCAACUUUUUGCAAGACAUGGCCAAGUGGGUAGACGAAGGAAAAGUCAAAGUUGAAGAGACCGUAUUUGAUGGCUUGGAAUCGUUUGGUAGCGCCUUCCGUGCUCUCUUCGAGGGCGGCAACACGGGCAAGGUUGUCGUGCGGGUGACUGGGACGAAAUCGAAGCUUUGA